GGCGGCGGGGAUGCGCCCCUGCGCCCAAGUAGUCUCGCCUUUUCUCCUUCCGCACAGUCUGCGUUUCCGCUCCCCUCGCGGGCGCGGGGCGAGAGGGAGGGAGGCCGAGCCUCGGCCCCGCUGCCGCCGCCAUGUGGCCCCCAGACCCCGACCCCGACCCCGACCCGGACCCGGAGCCCGCCGCCAGCUCCCGGCCCGGCCCCGCCGUCCCCGGACUCCGCGCCCUGCUGCCGGCGCGCGCCUUCCUCUGCUCGCUCAAAGGCCGCCUCCUGCUGGCGGAGUCGAUUCUGUCCUUCAUCACCUUCAUCUGCUAUGUGGCAUCCUCAGCGUCUGCCUUCCUCACCGCGCCUCUCCUGGAGUUCCUGCUGGCCCUGUACUUCCUCUUUGCUGAUGCCAUGCAGCUGAACGACAAGUGGCAGGGCUUGUGCUGGCCCAUGAUGGACUUCCUGCGCUGUGUCACCGCUGCGCUUAUCUACUUCGCCAUCUCCAUCACCGCCGUCGCCAAAUACUCGGACGGGGCUUCCAAAGCGGCUGGAGUGUUUGGCUUCUUUGCCACCAUCGUGUUUGCCGUUGACUUCUACCUGAUCUUUAAUGACGUAGCCAAAUUCCUCAAACAAGGGGACUCCGCAGAUGAGACCACAGCGCACAAGACAGAGGAAGAGAGCUCAGACUCAGACUCAGACUGAAGUCCUGGCCGUGCCCUGGCGACCCGAGCCACACAGGGCCUCCACCCUGCACCUUCCCGACAGGGCUGCCUGGGGACGCAGCGCAUCGGACAGGAGGCUGUGACUUCUCCAGCAGCUGCUGCCGCAGGGGCCUCCCCACAGCCUCAAGGUCACCCCUGAGCCCAGCAUGCGAGACUGACCCUUGGCUUAGCACUGUUACCCACUCUGCACCCGUGGGCACCGUGACUAUUCCACCUCUUCUCCCCGUUUCUGUCCCAAAGACCUUAAGCCCUUUAACCUUUCUGCCAGAAACAAGCACGAGCAGCAGCAGCAGAGCCUGUUACCACCUGCCGCAGUCAGCAGUUCGUGCUGCAAAGUGGGGAGUGCAGGGGGGUCACCUGUGUUUCACCAACAGGAACAAAUACAGAAACCCCUGCAGGGCCGACCCACAGGCCCCAGUGGUUUUCGUCUGCGCGUGGUGCUCCUGCUCACGCCACGCACUUGGUUGCGAAGGACCCUUGCGAGAGCCUUUUGUUCAAGGAGCACCGGUUCCUCUUCAUUCUUGAAGCAGGGAGAAAACUGACCUUUGCCUUAUCUGGGAGACUGGGUCUCAGCGCCCAUAACUGACGCCUUACACCCUGGGAAACCACGUGGUCUUCGACUGAGACAGCCAUUCUGGGUCUGAGACCGUUUGAAAGAAGCGCUCACAAACUAGCUUCCCAGGUCCAAAAGACAGAGGGUACCAAACAAUGAUGCAACGGUGACAGUGUCACCGGCGGCUGGGCGGGCCCAGCCAAACCCUCUCCCUUCCUGAGGACCUGCCAGCAGGUGAUACGUUCCUGGGACCCUCUAGACACCAGAGCAGGUCUCCUGACCACCUCAUGAGAUGAGUUGAGCCUUCUGUGUUCACCUAAGGACUUAUACUGUGUAUCUGUCUUUAAUGAGAUUUUGUAACUUUUAAUAGUUUUUUUUAUACAAAAGCAGCUUCUGAACAAUUGGCAUUUCCUGUGACCCUGGGCCUUAUGAACCAGCCAGAGUUCUGGACCCAUGUUUUGGGCAUUUGUAACCUUGUCCUCUUGCAUGUGAAUCUCCUACCCUGAAAAAAGCCAUAACAGAU